AGAAGCGGCGCGUUGGCGUGACGUCACAUGUGUGCGCCAAGAUUCGUUUGUCAGUCAGAGAAGUCACUUGCUUUAACGUUUCUAGUUUUAUUAAUUCAUUCCGAGGGCAAAUUUUGUGUUUAUGACCCAGAUUAUUUGUCUUGAAAUUACCUGACUGAUAUCAUUUUUUUCGUCCUUGACGUCGGUUCCGUACGACUCUAGUGAUGUCUCUAGGAUUCCUGAGGUUUGUUUUGAGUCAGACACUAAGCCCCAGUCCUCUUCGACCCAUCAGCCGGGUCAUCUCACGCCUGGCAAGGAACCCAUCAACCCUCAGGCCAGCAUGUUCUUGCCAUAUUGUCUCGCCCUGGCUAUGUACGUACUUCUCCACAGACACUGAGAGCGGGAGCACCAGUGUGACAGAUUUCCAGAAGGAAACGAAAAAGCUGGACCCAAGAGCACGAGUCACUUUUGGCAGCGUGGGUAGGAAGAUUGGUCAGCGCCAUAUACAGUUAUUGGGUGAGGAUGGAGAGGAAUUGGGUACAAUGCACCGUGCUGAUGUAAUACGACUGAUGGACGAAACAGGGCUGAGGCUUGUUGCCAUAAAUGACGAUUGUGAUCCUCCAUUAUACAGACUGAUGAAAGGGAAACAGAUCCACGAAGAGCAGAUGAAACUUAGAGACAAAAAGAAAGCCAAAAAAGGGCCUGUCCAAUCAAAGGAGCUAAUUUUUUCCUCCGAUAUCUCCCUUCAUGACUUGGACACUAAACUGCGGCAAGUUGUCAGCUGGCUGGAAAAAAACAACCACGUCAGACUCACCAUCAGAGGCUUCAGAGCAGGAACUGACGGUGGCACACCACUGGACAAAGUCUUAACACAGAUGGUGGAGAGGAUAUCAGUGCCUGUUGGCUUUGUAUCAAAACCUUCUGUGGUUCGUGGGGGUCGUGCUGCCAUGUGUGUCCUUCGGCUUGCUUCUGCUAAAGAACUGCAGAAAAAAGGAGCAGAGACUUCGAACAAGAAUUUAAAACCUGACUCAGAGACACCAGCAUCUCUUCGUAACUCCUCUACAGAGGACUCAAAAGACUUGAAGCAACAAUAAAAUUCUAUGCAAAUUUCAAUACAAAAGUGUAUUUUUUCUGCAGUGGCAUAUUUACUUUGGAACGAGUUUUGCUUUAGAAAGUUACUUGGGUUCACCGGAAUAUGACUCAUGAUCACUGGGCUCUACACUAACAGCGGUUCUAAAAGGUGAACCACUGGAUUUGCAGGGUCAUUGAGUUCAGAAUAAAUGGAUUUUGUUUGGCUGACAAUGCUCUCUGAUUUAAUGGGCUCAGAUUCAGAACUAUGGGAGGUUUCUGGGAAGUCUGGUUUUGAAAUUGUACAACUUUCAGAGCUGAAACAAUGCAACUGACUAAUUAAUUGAGGAUUCAUAGUAGUUUCUGAUUGGUUAUUUUGUGGCACUGAAG